AUGAAUUCCUUCUAUCGCUUUUCAAGAGGACUUCGUCCCUUAAGCCAUAUCAAGACUGGUUUCGCACACAGAACGUUCAUGAAUUCUUCUGUCUUGAAACAAGUUCAACACGUCAAGUCCAUGGAGGAUUAUGCCCAAAAAAUCAGCGAUGACAAAGUCACCGUUGUAGAUUUUUAUGCCGACUGGUGUGGACCCUGUAAAUUUCUUAGCCCUCUUUUGGAAAAGUUGAGCAAUAGCCAUUCUAAAUCCUCUUUUGUUGCCGUAGAUGCCGACAAAUUCUCUGAACUUGCCCAAACAAAUGAGGUUUACGCACUACCUACCGUGGUUCUAUUUAAAAAGGGUCAAGAAUUGGACCGAAUCGUUGGUGCUGAUAUUCGCGCAAUCAACGGUCUUCUUGCAAAAUACGAAACUUCAUAA